UUUUCCCACUGUGAUUUGUUUCGAUGACGACGACGAUGACGACGAGGAGGGCCGGCGAUCGUUCGGCCUUGGCGAGGCUGCGGCUCCGCCGCCUCAUCCCUUUGCUCAGGCGCCACCGCCUCUACCGCGCCGCCCACGUCUCGAAGCGGAAGACGAGCGUCUUCUUCGACGCGGCGCGGCUCCGGCGGAUGAUGCUCCGCGACCGCUGGGCCGCCGCCUCCGCCUACGCCCUCAGCUUCGUCGACGAUUACCGCCACUGCAGCCACGAGGCCGACGAGCUCAACUACCGCAUCCUUGUCCUCCGCGUGCUCGCCGCCUUGGCAGCUGGCCAGGCCCGCUCCGUCGAGCCCCUCUUCCGCCGCAUCUACGCUUGCAUCCACUUCUUCCCAGAGUACGACCGCAUAUGCGAGCUCCUACUCGCCAUGCGCUCCGACGACACCAAGUCCUCCAGGCUAUAUGGGCGCUUCAAGCCCAGGGCAGUGCAGGGCAUUAUGGACUUGGUGGCCAAGUGCCCAGAGCUCAACAAAGCCAGUACACGGUCACCACGCUGCUUGUCUCUUGGUCAUACUGAGUCAUGGCGAAGUAUCAGUCAUCACAAGAAUAACGGUAGCAGUCUUCCGGCACAUAGCCUCGCACUUUCCUUUCUAACAAAAAGGCCGCCUCAGAUCAGUCACAGGAUGAAUUCUUCAGAUGCUCCAAGUACAGCCUUUGUGGGUAUGCUGUCUACUUCACCAACACCAGCUAAAAUGCUUCCAGUUUCAUCCACUAAUGAAACAGGAGCUACCCAGGAAGCAACCCAAAGAGAGGAAGCUGAAAUCACCAAGGCGCCAGCGGCUGCCUCGAAUCUUGUUGCUGGGCUUCGCGUCCCACGUCAGCGUCGGCCCAACCCACAAUACAUCGGCCCAGAGUGGAUUGCGUGAGUGUCAGGUGCCUCUGGCCACAAGCCGGCAACAGCUCUGAGCUCUGUAUAAGAGGCGUUUGUGUUUGGCUUGGCGAGGAACUGGACUUAUGAACCUACUGCACGACAGUUGAACUUGAUGUAAAGCAAUUUGCAAACUAUUAUCGCAGUAGAUGACUAGUCGACCCCUGAAAUAGCCUAAUGCACGACCCCUGAACUUGAUGACAUAGUCUAUGCAAAGAAAAGUGUCCAUGUGCA